AUGGCUCGAGCUGGAAAUUAUUUGUUUAGAGAGAAGAAUAUUGACAUAAAGAUAAGCGGGCUUACAGCAAAGAACAGAAUAAGAAAUUGUCAAACAGAUGUGGGAAUGAAGAGCACUGAACUUGCACAGAUGCAAGCAAUAAACAAUUUACAUAAAAAGAAACAUAACCCAAUAAAGUUUGAGAAGACUUUGAAUUUUCCUAGUGAAUAUAUACUCACGAAAAGUAUUGGUGUGAUUGACUAG